AUGACAGAUAAACUAAUUCGAGUCACAGGAAUCCUUCUAGGGUGUUACGUAGGUUAUAUUAUACAAGAUGUCUGGGUAUCAGAUCUUGAGGAGAAGCGGCAAGAGUUUGUGAGGGAGUCUUUUUGGUACCAUGAGGAACCCCAAGAUCUAAGGGAAAAAAUGUGGUCUGAUUUUAAGGUAGUAAGGAUGUGGUCUGAUCUAAAGAAAAAGAUUUCCUCUCUUCCAGAGGGAGUAAAGUUGUUGUCUGAUCUAGCGGAUCAGGCGUGUUCUGAACUAAGGGAGAAGACGUUGUCUGAUCCAGGGGAACGGAUAUGUUCUGAACUUAAGGGUGACGAUGAGGUCUGA